AUGGCCCCUGCUCUUACUGAGACCGUAGGUCUCCGCGAUGCCACAUUUAAGAUGGCUCACAAGACCGAUGCCGGUCAUAACAAGGAGAACUUGAUUGGAUAUAAAUAUGAAAAGGACCCGGAGUUGAAGGGCACCGACAAGAUUGCUCCAGCUGCUUAUCCCAACUAUCUGCCUGUCUGGGACAACGAAACCGCCAGGUACCCUCCUCUGACACUCUUCGAGCACUACGACCACGGCAAAGAUGCAGACCCUACAUUUCCUGAUCUCUUCCCUAAGGACGGUCCCGCUCAAGUAGAUCAAAUCACCCCUUUUAUCGGCUCCGAAAUCCACAAUGUACAAUUGAGCAAGCUCUCACAGGCUGGCAAGGAUCAGUUGGCACUAUACGUCGCUCAGCGUCGAGUAGUUGCCUUCCGCGACCAGGACUUCGCAUCCCUCCCCAUCCAAGAAGCCGUCGACUGGGCCGGCUACUUCGGUCGUCACCACAUUCACCAAACAUCCGGUGCCCCCAAGGGAUUCCCAGAAGUCCACCUGGUCUUCCGAGGCGCGGACGAUCGUACUGGCGCCAAUUUCCUGGCACAGCGCACCAACACAAUUACCUGGCACUCGGAUGUCACGUUUGAGAAACAGCCACCCGGCACAACAUUCCUCUAUGUUCUCGACGGCCCCACUACCGGUGGCGACACCCUCUUCGCCGAUAUGGCGCAGGCCUAUAAGCGGCUAUCUCCAGAGUUCCAGAAGCGACUGCACGGACUGAAGGCCAUUCACUCAGGUGUUGAACAGGUAAAUGCUAGUUUGAAUGGCGGCGGUAUUGCGCGCCGUGACCCCGUCGUUUCAGAGCACCCCAUUGUUCGUACUCACCCAGUAACGGGCGAGAAGGCCCUAUACGUCAACCCGCAAUUCACCCGUUCCAUCGUCGGAUACAAGAAGGAAGAGUCGGACUACCUGCUCAAGUUCCUUUACGACCACAUCGCGCUGUCGCAAGACUUGCAGGCCCGCGUCCGAUGGAAGUCCGGUACGGUCGUCGUCUGGGAUAACCGUGUUGCGUGCCACUCUGCCGUAUUUGAUUGGGAGGAUGGUCAGCGUCGACACAUUGCCCGUUUGACUCCACAAGCUGAGCAGCCGUAUGAGACCCCCUAUGAGGGAUAG